AUGACACGAAAGAAGAGCUUAUUCUACGAGGCUGCAACUUUGAUACUGGUUGCUCAUGGCGAUGCUACUAAUAAAUUUCAGGAUAUUACACGUAAUGUAAUUAAGAGGUCUGCCCCGAAAGUUUUAAUGGUACAACGCAGCAGUCAAAGUUCUUUCAUGCCGAGUGCGGGCGUGUUUCCUGGUGGUAGGACUGACAAGGUCGAUUUCAGUCCUGAAUGGAAGGACAUAUACACCCAAAAGGUUAGCUGGCAAUCAAUUUUGGACAGUUUACCGAAAAGCUGCGAUCCCCGACCACCUAUAUACACUAGAGUGAUAAAAGACGUAAUUUUGCCUUCCGACAUUGGAUUUCGUAUUUGUGCUAUCCGAGAAACGUUCGAAGAAAGUGGAUUACUGUUAUUAAGAAAUAAUCCAGAUGGCGCAUUCAUAAAUAAUCCUGCAGCACAAUAUGCUAGCUGCAUUACGUUGACACUAUCCGAGUUACAGAAAUGGCGAAAGAUUAUUCGACAAGAUGCAUCGCAGUUUCUAAGGUUAUGCAGAGAAUUAGAGGCUGUGCCUGAUAUUUGGUCGCUACAUGAUUGGAGUAACUGGUUCACGCCUGCCGGGUACUCCAAACGCUUUGACACGGCUUUUUUUCUAUGCUGCCUAAAAAAUACGAAGGACCUAAUAAAUGAUUCGGAUUCUGAAGUCAGGAAAUCAUUCUGGAGUAAACCUUCGGAAGUACUACGAUACCAUGUAAACAAAGAAUUAUUUCUGUAUCCUCCACAGAUUCAUGAGCUAUCGAGGUUGCUUAACUUUGAAACCGUGCAAGAAUUAUUGUCAUUUUCUCAUCAUCGACCUAGAAAUCAUAGUACUUUGCAAUAUUUGACGGUACCAAUCAAAUGCAAGAACGGCACUAUUACUGUUUUAAGUGGCGAUUCGCUAUAUCCUAUGGAUAAGCGACCAAUUAGAGAAAAUAUUUUGGUACCAGAAGAUGAAAUUUGGUAUGGAGAAUUGAUAAAUAGAGAAGAAGAUACGAUUGAACAACUGAAUGCCUCCAGUACACAUUUGCAUCGAUACGUUUUUCCUAACUUCAUGGAACCAUUCUCUAAACUUAAAGAAAGUUCGGUAUCUAUUGUUCCUUAUGCAAAUACCCGUCUAUUAGAUGGUCACAAGCCAUUGCAAUUAUCUUGGCUAUAA